GGAUCCUGGUGCUCAGACCCAUCCGCGACAACCCUUCUUCGGCGGACAAAGUCAGCCGCAAGCUAGUACACAAAGGCUGUUUAAGUCUGUCACUGAUUCUCGAGAUUCAAAUGAGACCCUCACAGAAGGUGAAGCCCAUAACAGGCCUGGAGAAGACGUUGCUCCGCAGACUCUGUCAAUCAUCCACUCGUUCGUACUGGAUGCAUUGGAUGGCUUGCCGCGAGCUGCCCUUGACAUGCUGCGAAGCACAUUCUCCCAGAUGCGUCGUCCGCUGCAGUCCUUACUGGUCCUUUAUCUUACAGUGUAUAUUGCGUUAUGGGGUCUUAUAUUCCUCUAUCAACAUAUGGGGGAGAUCGUAUGUAGCGAGCAAUCACCCCUGCGCAGGCUCUGCAAGAAUGAUGCUCCGGCUGUGCCCCCUCCGAACCAAAAAAUGUACGCGAACUUCAGUCAGACAUGCAAGGCACAGGAAGAGUUGGGCACAGUUUUCAAAAAGGCAGGGCAAGGCGCAAACCUGGCGCUUAAGAUGAAGAGCAGCGAACAUGCUGUCAGAGACCUUGCCAUGCGAGUGAGCAGCAGCGACUUGGACUCUAAGCAGGUUAUGGCCCAACACCUGGUCCAGAUUGUCCAGUCCUCGGAUCCUAUAGUGAGUGGCCUUUCCGAGCUCAGUGCAAAAGUUAGCACGGUGGUGAAUAGUGUGAUUGCAAACGAUAAAUAUGCAAUAAGGUCACUCAGGUCUAUUGAGGCGCAUAGGAAGUUGCAGUAUUCGCCGGUUAUCAGGGCACUGACAAUCAUCGACCCGUUUGGUGUUUUAAGGUCUCAGACUGUCCUUGCUACAGACGAGGCAGAGCUCAAAGACAGUUUUAUAAAAACUGUCGCCUCUAUUGUUAAGGGAAUCCCUUUUCUUAUUGAAGAGGCUGAGCGCGUUAAACAGAAGCUUCGGAUCCUGGAAGCUGCUGUUCAGGCCAUUUCCCAUCUCUCUCGCAAGGAAGAGCUUAUCUGGGAAAGCAGAAACCCAUCAACACAAAAACGCGAUAUACUAGAGAUCCUCUGGGACUUCCUCACCAAUGAUAAGAUCAGGCGCAUGGAAGUAUUCCAGAAUCAUUCAGUCCUGCUAAAGGAUCUAGCCGGGUACUACAAAGAGGCAAUCAAGGUGAUUGACGAUACGAUAGUAACGCUGCAUGAUAUACAAAAAACCAUGAACCAGUUUAGAGACGCCCAUACAAGACAGGUAUUUAUCGACAGCGAGACUCCCCUUGCGGUUCGCAUUGAUAUCAUCCGUUCUGCGGUGGACAACCUGAACAACCAAAUGUUGCAUUUAGGCGGAAGAGACUGGGGAGAUCGAUGGGAGAUUGAAAUGUGAUGAGGGACCUCCCUACUGUGAGUCAUAUAUAAUAACCUGGACUGGCCUAUGGAAGCUCUCCAUGUGGAAGAGCCGGUACAAUACACCGGGGGUGCAUCACCACCACUGCUUCCCCUAUCUUUAUUUGAUCUUGUUUCAAUGUGAUGGAUUAACAGA